AUGAACGAUCUUGGCCGUGCGACCAGCUGGACCGGCGCAGCUCUUCUGUGUAGCGUCCUGGUCCAGCAUCUCUCUACCAACCGUGCCGAGCUCUGCUCUGAAAUCCUCUGCUGGUCGAUGCUGCCGAUAGUGUUCAAGGCUGCAGGACGGUCUGGCGCUGCCGGCAGGUCUUCGAGGGCUGGCCCCUUGAGCUUGAGCCUGGGCUACUCGCAGGCACAGCGGUCGUCUUCUUCCGCUUCGAUAUGGAUAGCGGCCCUGAGUAUCGUCUCCGCCUGUCUCGCCAGAGCUGAGGUCGGCCUGAUAGCAUUCUUCCCAGUAUUAACACCUUUGCUGUUGGUGGCUCAGCGACACUUUGGCUCUUCGGCCCGUCCCUCAGCAGACUCUUCUGAUUCUUGGUUACUUUAUCCCCUGGCCAAUACCCUCUGGGGCACGUCGCUGGUUGCUGUCAUCUUCACCAUCACGCUGUCAGACUGGGAUUUCGCUGGACAUGGACUGUCGGCUCUCCCUGUUCUCGCCCUGUUGGCAGUCUACCUCACAUUCAUGCCCAAGACUGAGAGGAAGGCGAGAUUCCUGCCACAUGUUGAUAUAGAAGAUGCCGUUCGUCCUGUAUCCUUGCGUGUUGUUGUUAUGCUGCUCGUCCUCUUGGGCGUGGAGGUUGCUACGUUUGGCUUUCCCACAGGUGGGAUCUUAGUUACUCUAGCACUCGGCUUCACAAAGUCUCUAUCUUGGUAUUCCAUAAUUCAAACAUACAACACUCAGGCUCGGUAUUCUUCCUGGUGUACUGCUACCGCUGCAGGCACUUUUGGCAUCAUGUCUACGCUCAGCCCCUUUAUGCAGUCUUCUGGCUCCAAGGCCUUAUCCCAUGUAAUAGCAUCCUUCUUUGCUCUCGGUCAGACCAUUCAUACGCUCCCAAAGCAGGUUACGGACAGAUCCUCACUCUGGGUCUUCUCUAUGCUUUCUCUGGGCCCAUAUAUUGCUAACAUCAUUGCCAUCAACUCUGCACACUCUUCACACAUUAUUCACUACCAACAGCAUCCCGUUGAGACGCUGGUUCACAGAGGUCGGGAGGACUUUGAGAACCUUCUCGGACGGCAGUCUCAGAACUACACAGCUGCUCAUGACGAGUAUCUACGUCGGUACAAGAUUGAACCGCCACCGGGGUUUGAAGAGUGGUAUAACUUUGCCAAAUCACACCAAUCCCCCAUCAUCGAUGAGUUUGAUAUGAUUGAUCAGGCCGUCUCACCGUUCCGCAGAUUGAGCGGUAAAGAGGUUAUUGGAAUCAUGGGCUGCGCUCAUAGCACGCCAGACAGUGAACUCUGGCUCUGCACAUUCUAUGGCUCUCAAGCCAAAUCCCAAUGCUACCAUCCAAGCCGCUCUUUCGACAGGCAUAUCCAACUUCUUUUUGAUACCCUAUUGAAAGACAUCCCAAGAGAUAUUCCGGACGUCAAGUUUCUUGUCAAUCACCUUGAUGAGCCUAGAGUCAUGGUUCCUCCAUAUAGUCUAGGGAAAGGCUCUCCUCAGUUCAACUUGACCAACCUGUCAAUGCAGCGGGCUUGGGAGCCACUUACCAUGUAUUGUCACUUUGAGGGCCGACAGAAGAACCAAUAUAGGCACGAGGUGGAAACAUACGGCAUCUCCUUCGUCACCAAUCGCACAGAGGAUAUGGACCUAUGUGACCAUCCCGAAUAUUCCACUAUGAACGGCCUGUUCAUGAGCCCUACCUCCCUUCGUCUGUUUGGAGGCUUAGUACCGAUACUCUCAACAGGCUCGCCGCUUACCAUGGGUGACAUAUUAUACCCUAGUCCCGCUUACAUCGAAUCAGAGUUCCAGUACGAGGAGGCAAAUGACGUUGAAUGGGAGAAGAAACGCAACAACCUCUACUGGGCUGGCUCUACCACCGGUGCUUUUGCCGUGCAAGACUCCUGGAAACACUACCACCGCCAAAGAUUUGUCUCCCUUGCACAGAACCUGGAAACACGAAAGCAUCUAUAUAUACGCGAAAACGGAGGCGUGCUUAGCAGUGUCAAGUCAUCAUUUCUCAACAGCAGGUUAUAUGACGUUGCCUUUACUAAGAUAUUCCAGUGCAAGUCAAAAUACUGCAGAGAACAACGCGCGUACUUCCCCUCCAAGCCCUGGGCAGACAAGGACAAAGCAUUUCGGUCUCGGCUCGUGUUUGAUAUUGACGGCAACGCGAUUAGCGGCCGUUACUACAAGCUGCUGGCUUCAAAAUCCACCCCGUUAAAACAGACUUUGCUACGGGAGUGGCAUGAUGAGCGCCUGAUGCCAUGGGUUCAUUACAUACCCGUUAGCCAGAGCUUAGAAGAGCUCCCAGAGCUUGUUUCCUAUCUCACUUCAACUGCAUCUGGGAGGAAACGAGCUAAAGAAGUUGCUGACCAUGGUCGGGAUUGGUAUUCCAAGGCCUUCAGACCCGUUGAUAUGACCAUCUAUGUCUACCGUCUGCUGCUGGAGCUGGCGAGGCUCCAGGACCCAGAAAGACAAGCAUCUUAA